GAGCUCAGAUGAACCUCGGCAUCCUUUCCCACGUUGGAUCAUUUCAGCUCCGUUAAACCAGAGAAGCACCGGAGCAGCGCUGCAAACACACGGUGAUCCUGUGCAGCAUGUGUACUGCACGGGGAAAUGUGAGAAGAGAAGGCGAAGAAGACUCACUCUGGGGAGAAGAAACCUGAAGACAGGAGUAGACGCACGGUGUAACAACACAAGAUGGAUCAUCAUGCAAACGUGCUUCUGAUCAUCCAUUCAUUGGUUAUUCUUUGAAACACACAGUUAAACUUAGCAAUGGCAGCACACACAGUGCUUCUUUUUCUUUUAGUCUGGAACGGGGGAAGCAUUUCAGCGACUGUUGGCUUAUCAGAGGAAGAUCAGGAUUUGCAGGUGAUAUCAAGCAAAAGACAACAAGUUUUACCUCAGCCAGAGUCCAUUGAUAACUUAACUGUGAGUUUCAAAGAAUUGGGAAGCCAGCGUCAGACUGAAGAGGAUGAUGUAAGAACGCUGCCAAAUGUGGCUCUUAGACUAAAUGGCAGAAAACCUAAUGAUUUGGACUUUAAGGACAAUAUAGCAAGGCAAACAGCUGUACUUAAACAUUCCAAUUCUGCUGCCAAAUCCCAAUUACCCAAACAUAUCCCUGAACUCACUCUGAACCACGAGAAAAGAAGCAAUUUGACUAAUGGAGAAGCUGAAGGUGUAAUUAAUGUUCUCAGUCAAGUGCCGAGUUCAGACAAGGAGCACGCUCUCCAGCCUGAACUCCAUUUAGAGACAGGUGUCGGUGACGUUCUGCCCCAGAGAACAUGGGGCCACUCUAAAUGGGUCACGGAGACUGAAGACGGGCGGUCCGAGCCUCGCUCUCGCCGCCGGAGGAGCUGGCUGUGGAACCAGUUCUUUGUGAUCGAGGAGUACAGAGGGCCUGAGCCUGUGCUCAUUGGGCGGCUGCACACAGAUAUGGACAAAGGAGACGGACGCACUAAGUAUAUGUUGGAGGGGGAGGGGGUGGGCUCUGUGUUCGUUAUUGACGGCAACACAGGCAACAUACAUGUCACCAAGUCUUUAGACCGCGAGGAGAAAGACCAGUACCGCCUCAUCGCAACAGCUACAGAUCGUCAGACCGGCCGAGCCCUGGAGCCCUCGUCUGAGUUCAUCAUCAGAGUUCAGGACAUCAAUGACAACCCGCCUGUUUUCCUUGAUGAACCCUAUGUUGCCAUGGUGCCAGAGAUGGCCAACAUAGGCACGUCCAUAAUCACAGUCACAGCCAGAGAUGCCGAUGAUCCAACAUAUGGAAACAGCGCCCGGCUGGUGUAUGCCAUCACUCAGGGCCAGGACUAUUUCUCUGUGGAUCCUCAGACAGGCGUCCUGCGGACAGCUGUACCUGACAUGGACAGAGAGACACGGGAUGAAUAUCUGGUCGUCCUCCAGGCCAAAGACAUGGGCGGGCAUCUGGGCGGAUUAUCAGGGACUACCACCAUCACUGUGAAGCUGAGCGAUGUCAACGACAACCCCCCUCACUUCAGAAGGAGUGCAUGGUCAUUCUCUGUGUCGGAGCUGGCAGCGCCAGGUGUGGAGGUGGGCCGCCUCACUGCCACUGAUCCAGACCUGGGAGAAAAUGCACAGCUGGAGUUCACAAUCCUGGACGCAGAGGAGGCCGAGGUAUUCAAUAUAACCGGAAGAGACCAGGAGGCUGUGAUUGUUCUAAACAAGCUGCUGGAUUAUGAAACCCGUAACUCCUACACUUUCUCUGUGGAAGUUGCCAACCCUAUAGUGGAUGCACGGUACCUAAGGAAAGGUCCCUUUAAGGACCAGGCAACAGUCCGGGUCAUGGUGCUUAAUGCUGAUGAGCCGCCACGAUUCUCUCAGGCUCGGUACCAUCUGGAUGUGUCUGAGAACUGCCCCCCUGUCUGCUCUGUUGGCCGGGUGCAUGCUGUGGACCCAGACACAGGACAAAGCACCAACAUCAGGUACUCCAUCGAUCCCCAGUCAGACCCUGAGGCUCUGUUCCGCAUCGCCUCUGACACCGGCUUUAUCAACACAGUGAUGGAAUUGGACCGCGAGCAGGAGCAGUGGCAUAAUAUCACUGUCAUCGCCACACAGAGGGACAAUCCAAAUCUUGUGUCAAGGGUUGUGGUUGCCAUAGAGACACUGGAUCAGAAUGACAAUGCGCCGGAGUUGGACAGACAGUAUACAACGUCUGUAUGUGACUCCAGUGCCCCGGGUCAGGUAGUUCAGGUCCUGCGAGCCAUCGACAGGGACCAAGGAGUGCAGGACACCCCGGUCCACUUCAGCAUCCCUCCUGAAUCCAGCUCUGCCCUCAACCUAACCAUCAGGGAAAGCGGAGGUGUGACAGCCAGCCUGGUGCUCCAGUCAGUCUUGGAGCCCCUCCCUGGCUUCUCCUCAUCCUCACUCACCCUCUAUGUGCCGGUGGUACUGCGCGAUGGGGCCUCAGGUCUGACCAACACUGGCACGGUCACUGUGACCAUUUGUCCUUGUCUGCGAGGGGGCAUGCAGACAGAGGAUAGAGGGAGACAGAGGGACAGGAGAUGGGAGAGACACAUGGUUUGUCUCCCCGUGCCUUCUGCCUCCCCGUCUCUCAUAUUCAGUUUGGUCACCUUGCUCGCCAUGCUGGCUUGUGUCACCACUCUGCUGGUGGUGUGUGCACUCUCGCUGUCAUUGCGCCAUCAGAAGCGAGACUCCCACUCACCCUUCGAGGAGGAUGAUGUCAGGGAGAACAUCAUAUCCUAUGAUGACGAGGGGGGAGGGGAAGCAGACACCGCAGCUUUUGACAUUACAGCGCUGCAGAGCAUGCACAGAAUACAGCACAUGCACAACAACAGGAACAUAUGGUACACCCAGCAGAAUGCGCCGAGGGCCAGGACGUACAGCUGGAGUCGUAACCCACGCCUCGGCCUGGACCCACAGCAGAGGCCGGGCUCGGCACCGCUCUACGGACGCUUCUGUUACGGCAUUCACACGCUGCCUGUUCUCAGAGAUUAUCCAGUCGGGCCACUGGAGGCAGGACUGCAGCUAACGCAGCUGACCCAUGGGCUCACUGGAGGUCACAUUGGCAAUUCCCUUGUCAUCCAGAACCAGAGCACCUUUGAGCCUCCGCUGCGUUCUCCUGAGAUGAGCCCUGCUAGUUACGAAGCAGAGCACACGCUGGCGAAGAGCAGAAUCACAGAGAGAAAUGAGGGCAGUGAAGCAAACGCUGCUGACACAAAAGAGAAGCAGGAUCAGGCAAAGAUAAACCCACCAGAAGCAGAGUCGACACCAACAGCCACCAACGCUGCCAAUCCGACCCACUGUGACCCAAAUGAGUCUUCAUGCCAAAGUCACACCAGCUCCUCGUCAAACCAGCAAGAGGGGCGACCGGGGUCAUCGCAGACUCAGAUCAGCACUGCAGCCACCAGCUGCACGUUAGAUGACAUUGACACUGAUUCCUCCAUCCCUUCCGUUUCAGAGCGAAAUUAUUCAAAUGGCAGUGAGAUCGGCUCUGUGAACCCUCCUGUUUACCUGAAAGGAGACACGUACAGCAUUGUUGGCUCCCUGAAUCCAAACAGCAGAGGGACGUGUAUGAACGGGACUAGCAGUGGAGGGUUGUACCCAGCGGGAGUGCAGCUACUGAACAUGUGCAGACUCCAGAGUAAGGAUUUGACCCCGCAGCCUUUGUCCUUACCUGGGGGGAUGUUUGGCAACAACAGAGGCUGGGCAUGCGGGGCGGAGCCUGCCAGAGCAGAGGCCACCAACCCGCAGCCCCUCCGUAUGGAAGACCUCCUGAAUAUCCGUCUGGACCAGGUCACCUUUGACCUGUCCCAGCCGCCCUAUGACUCACUGCAGACUUAUGAGUUUGAGGGCCGUGACUCAAGGGCUGAGUCACUGAGUUCACUGGAGAGCGACGGGGAGAAGGACGAUGGGAGAGUGGUCGGAGGGAUGGAGGAGUUAAACCAGAAGUUUCAGAGGCUGGUGGAGAUCAUCAGAGAGAGGGAGAAGGAGAAGGAGGGAGGAGGAGGGGAGACACGAGCGGCCGAGGGAGGCGAGACUGCAGCGGCUGCUCACGAUGAGACUCAUAAACAAAAGGAGGACAAAGAGAAAGAACAGCAGAGAUGGGAUUUCUAGACUGCAAUAAAAGAAAAGUUAGAAAGAGGAGAACUCUUUCAGCAGUGAUGGAUUUUAAACACAGCAGGGGUGGCAAAAUACACAGCCUCUGACAGAGAUCUCCUUGUCCCACAUGCCCAGAAUCCAGCAGGCUGACAGUACAGUCGAGACUUGUGGUGGAAUCAGUGCACAGCGUAUAGUUUUCACCUCCACUAUGUUUAUAAAAUGCAUAUGGAAUCUGUCACUUUUCACACUUCUCUUGUAACAGAUAUUAAUAAUGCACUUGGGCUUUCAAAGCUAAAGUUAUGAAAAAUUAACAUUUUUGAAAUAUUGAUUCUGAGCCCUGAAAGCUGCAUUGUUAGAAAAUAGGCCUCAUUAAAUAUUGACCAGAAUUGUGAUGUUUAAUAUUGAUAGUUUAAUAGGGGCACACUCACUAGAAACCCUUGGAAUCUGAAUCCGAAUAAACCCACACAGGCGUACAGUACAGUGCUGCAGGCCAACACUGCCGUGUGUUCACAGAGCCUCUCUGACGAGUCUGACUGUAUACGUUGAUAUUCUGUAGCUCCAUAGAGAGCGUCCGGCUCCAGCAAGUAGCAAAACCUGCUCACUAUGCAAUCUGCACACAGUUAGAAAUGAUUAGAUUGUCACUGUCAAAGACUUGUGUACUGUUGUGAAAGUACAGUAAAUAACUUCCAUAUGUAGAUAAAUAUCAGCGUCUGCUUUACUGCUUAUUGCUCACGAGUGGACGAUUGUUUCAGGAGGGGGAUGUUUACCGCAAUCCACACAGGAAAUUAAGCAUCUGAUUUUCAGUUAUUAAACUGUUGCAGGCGUAAGCGUACAAUAGACAAUGCUCCCCAUAAUUUCACCCACGCAAGAUUAAUUAUAAUUCACUAUUGUGUUUGCGUUUGCUGGUCUAGAAUUAUCUCCAAAGGCUUAUUUAUCUCCCACCUUUUAAAGAGACAAAAUUAGGCGAAAGCCGUCAUGUGGCGUGGUACACACAGGCAUUGUUCCCGUGACGAGCCCAGAGCAACAGCAAAAUAAUCAUUUA